AUGGGGAACGGAAAGCGCCUGCGGGUUUUGGGGAGGCUCGUUUGCGGAAUUGCUGACAUCGACAAGCUUCCCAGGAAAGACAGCGAGAGGAGGAGACCCCAAAAGCUGGGGGAAGCCGCUCGUAACGGCAACAGGGUUUGCGAAGUUCCGGCCGGCGGCCAGUCUGCGGAGGCGGCGAGUCUAGCACGUCUGAAUCUCGGCGACGGCAGACCAACUCGCGAAGAGUCUGAAGCAGUUGGUGGGCAACACACACGCGAAUCGGUGGACACAGUCGCGAAGGCGGAAAGCGAAAAUGCGAGCGGGUUGCCGCGCGUACAGAGAGAAUCGACGAGCCAGACGAGAAGUGAGCAAAGAAGAAACGAGGAGGAACAGAGCGACGAGCAAGAGGAAAGCACGCAAGUGCGGCUUGGAAGUGCACUUGGGAAAGACGCGGAGGGGGAAAUGGUUGUGGCACACGCUGCACGACUUUUCAAGAGGUCGCUGAAGCAGCUGCUGGCUCCACCGGUUCGGACGUCGUUUUCGCCCGCGGACCCGUCGCCCUGUGCCGUUCCUGCGAACACGGCGCAAUCUUCCUUCCUCUCUGUGGAGUCGCUGUUUCCACCCGCUCCAGGCGUUCACGGCUCAGAGUGGGGCUCAGAGUCCUCGGGGUCAGGCUGGUCUCCGAAGAAGCCGCCGCUGCUUCGAUCGUCGUACCCUCUGCUGUUUGCAUUUCUGUACCAGAUACUCGAGCAGCAGGCGGCCUAUGUGGCCCAGGAGAGAGAGAAGAGACAGCGGGAGAUGCAGAAAUACGCAGCUCCGUUGGCGUCUCGGACGCUUCGUCUCGCGCAGCGGCGCCUUCUGAAACUUCAGGAGGACGUCGCAGCCCUGCAAGAAGAGAUGCAUGCGCAGCAGAGGAACCAGGAACCAAGAGGCGGAGGAAGAGGCAGGGAAACCGAGGUUGAUGGAACCACGCUUCUCGUUCCUCCCCUUUUCUGCCAGCAGUUGGAGGACGUCCUUGUGGAAGCAGUGGACAAAUUCUCGCUCGUGGAUCUCCACCUGUUUUUGUCCCUUUCGUCUGCGCAAGUGCGCUUCGCUCUCUCUCUCCUUCCUUCCGGUGUACAUACACCGGGGCUGCUCCCCAGACAGGACGACACCCGCGACCAGUCGGUUGCGAGCGCGGCCGCUGUCCAAAACGCAAAGUCUUCCGCAGCUCGGUCGUCCGCUCACCUCGAUUGUCUCGCGUCAGUGGCGUUCAAAGAAGAGACAUGUCCCCCGGAUUUUUUCAAGAACCCAGGCAGAGACGUGUGGCUGCUGCAUGCCCUCUUCUCGCCGCGCCUUCUCGCCCGUGUUGGCGAAGUGACCUGCCGCAGACUGAGGCAGUUGCAUGGCCGACGGAGGCGGCAGCGUGAGGAGUUGAUGCACAUCCUCGCGCUCUUCGCGCACGACCGAGGAAGCACAGAGACCACAGGAUGUAACGAAGGGCGAGAAAACGGGGACGAAGGGCUGCGACGCGAGACGAAGAACAGGCGGACAAGGCCGGAAGGGAGGGAACUUGACAGCUCCAGGCGUCCCGUCGCCGCUGCGGAACACCCUGAGAGUCCGUCCUCUUCAGCCACAAGCUUGUUUCCUGCCUCAGUCGGAGCCUCACACAACUCUCGAAUUCAGCACUGCUGGAGGGAAGGCCAUCGUCGCGACACGAAAACUGUUGAACGCCUUCUGCUUCUUUUCGUCACGCUUCACACUCGCCUCGGAGCUCUGGCUGAGCGCCUCAAGGUGCCAUCCUCCUCUUCCUCUCCGUCUGCCGUUCUCCCUCCUUCCCUCGCGCGGCCUCUCUCUCCGUCUCCCUCUCCGGGUUCUCUCCCCGCUUCGUCCGCGGCGCUCUCUUCCAGCUCUGCUUCGUCUUCAUACCCAGCACUGACGGGAACGGCGCUCGCAGCCCAGAGCGCUCUGGUUAACAAGGACUUGUUUAACGCUUUCCUGGACUCGCUUCUGGGUCUUCUGCAUGCGCCGUAUGAGCUGUCGGCCACGCGCGCCUUCGCGCACCCUCGGGACACAGCAACGGGCGCACUGGACGGGCUGAAAGACGAGACAAAAGAUCACCCAGAGAGACGCAGCAACGCCCACAAAGGCGACGGAGACCAGGGAAAACUCCAGAGAGCGGGCGAAAGGCCGAACGAGGAAGUCAGCAGACCCGAGGGCAGCCUCUCCAGUCUGGCACCGAGAGAGUCCGUUGCGUGCAUGAAUGCCGCGACAAGGCCGCCAGGUCGCGCGGCACGGGAAGAGCUUGUGGGAGAGGAACACGAGAGAGAAAGGGAGAGGAAGGAGGUGCGCGGGCGAGCCGACGGCGGAGACUUCCCGGUGGAAGAACACCAUGAAACGGGGGAACGAUGCGGUGACCAAGAAGUGGGACAGCACCUGGAGGCAACCUGGUCGGAGCCGCGUGGCGAGGGCCGGCCUGUAGGCGUCUCGUCUUCGACUGGAGAGGGAAAAAGCCCGGAGACGGGUGCGGCGACCUCUCCGAUUCUUCUUCAUCCUUCUUCGCUCUCGCGCCUGGUCCUCGUCUUCUUCACGCCCUUCUUCCAGGCUGCUCUUGAGCCGACGGCGAGUCGCCGAUCUCCGCAGCGAGAAGGCCCGUCGACUCCUGCGAAAGGCCUGAAGGUGUGCCGUGCGCUGUGCACGCAGGCGGAGCGACAGCGCGGGAAAAUGAAGGCACAGGACCUGCAGAAGCUGUUGGCGUCUCUGCUUCUGUUUCGCGCGCUACGGGGACUCUCCGCCGCACCUCCAGAUACUCCCAGGAACUCAAGAGACACUGCUCCUCUCUCAGGCGCUUCCCGGCCUUCUCGUGACAGGCCGUCGGGGGGCGAACAGUUUCAAACUGCAGAAACAAGCUCUUUCGUGUGUCCUGGUCCUUCUGCGCCGCCCUCGGGUGGCCGCGCAGACCCAGGCAGCCCCGCGCGACCAGCAGCCGCGCGCCUCCCUCCGGGUGUAUCGACAGGGCGAGAAAACGGGGAACCUGCACGCGCCAGGGACGGGGACAGCGACGAGCGGGGCGCGUGGUCGGUGGAGCAGGAGACUCACGAGCGGAUAGGGACAGGUGAGGACACGGCAGGGAAGGGCAUUUGGAAGGAAAUGGAUGCACUCGCAGCGUUUCUCCUGUCUGAGCUCCUCCGGAAAACGGACGGCGACCUGAGCGCACUGCCGCAGGCGCUCCUGUCCCAAUCUUGGCGCUUCCUUGAAGAGCGAAGGGGCGAGGAGACGGGCGCCUUUGCGGAGGACGCGAGGACGGACAAGGCUGAGGAGAAUCUUUCCCGCGAAGAACACGAACAAAGGAGGCGCCUGCAGUGGGAAAUGGAGAGAAGGCUUUCUUGCCCGAACAGGGGACAGACGGAAGCCGAGCGCGCCGAGGCGACACUCCAGAAGGACACGCCUCGGCCCCGCCACUCGGAAGAGACAGUCAGCGGCGACCAUCCAGAUCCACGUGCGUCGGAAGGGACACUGGAGGCCAAGGAGGCUCUGUGCGAUCUCGAGAGAAGAUUCCCACCGAGCCUUGAGCUCCCCGUCGGGCCCUCUCCCCCUCCGUUGUCUUCCUUCUCGUCUCCGCCUUCUGAGGCUGUGUCGGCGUCUGCUCGCCUUUCCUCGAGCAGUUCAUGUCUGUUCUCUCUCGCCUCGUCCGGUUCCUCGACGGCCCCGCCUCGCGCCGUCUCCGAUUCGGCCCUCUCUCCUCAGCUCCCGGACUUCUCUCCCGAAGGCGGGAAGAGCGUUUGCGCCCUGUUUUCUUCUCUGCUGACUUCGGUGCUGCCCGCGGCCGUCGAUGCUCCUUCUCGGAGUUUGGCGGGGGCGACCAGUCGCCUCGCAGGGGUUCGCCUGAAUCGCCGCCGCAUGCAGCAGGCCGCGCGCGUGCUGGAGGAGUUUGGGAAGUUGUCGCGGAAACUGGAGGCGCAGACGCGCGAGCGGGAGCUCAUGCGCGCCUUCUCGCGCGUGCUGCUCACGCAGGCCAAGCAAGAACUCUGCGGACGGGAACCGGCGACGCAGAACGCAGCGACUGCCGGCCUCGUGAGGCGAUGCAUCACGCGGUUUCUGCAUGACUCUCACCGCGCUGGGUUGCGCCUCUCUACCUCAGACGCGCUGCUCCUCCCCUCGCUGUCCCUUCUCUUUCACCUGCAAGUUGAACACCAUGUUGAGGCCGGUUCGCUCAGAGACGCGCGCAGCGCGGACCGUCUCCGGGGGGGCAGCCACGCAGGUGGGCGAGAAGAGAAAGAGCCGGGGACUGAGCGGCGGCCAGACCCUGUGCGAGAGCGAGGAGCUGCCGGCGAGUUCGACGCAAAAGACGCGCCGUAUGUGGGGCCGGUGGGGGUGAUCAAAGACCUCCAGAAACUGCUGUUGCUGCCGCCCGAGAGCUGGGAGCGGCACUUGGCGUCGCUGUCUCUGGUGCGGCUGCUCCAACUCCUCAAAGUGUCGGGACGCCAUUACGCGAAGGUUCGGUCGUUCCUGAGACAAAACGCGGCCCUCCUUCUACCUGCCGCGAGAGACCAGGGGCGACUCGCAGGGCGAGAACGCAGCCUGCAGAGAGCGGAGGCCGCCCGUUUCGCGGAUCCGAGGGACAACGAGGGAGUCGACGAAGGCGCGCAGGCAGACGCGCCGAAACGGGGAAGGCGGAAGUGGGGGCGUUUUUCUUUUUCGCCUUUGCGAGCAGAGAAAAGUGCGCUGGAGGCACCCUCGGAGGAAGGCGAGCAGAUCGCGAGGGCGGAAGGAGGAGAGAGAGAAGAGAAUGGAGAAGAAAAACAGGUCCAGGACGGACCAGGCGAAGCGUCAGACGGCCAGGAAGGAGACACAGAGACAGACGUUUCGUCGCAGAAGAGCGAACGGGGCAAACACCAGAAAGACGGCGAGAGCCGCGAAUGCACGGAGAAGGAGAAGACGAAGCGUCGCACCGCGCUGUCGACGAUCCCAGGGAGCGAAGGGCGACAACGUGAGUGGGAAUCGGCUGCAGCUUCCGUCCCUCCACGCGAGUUCCCUGUUUCGUUCACUCGAGGAGAUUCCAGUGUAAAUACACUCAACGAUCUCUCCUUCCUCUCUCUCGCGGUAUCUUCAGAUGGACGCCUGGAUGCCUUUCUUCUCACGCUGCUUCGAGUCAUUCUUCUGCAACUCCGUCGACUUCCUACAUCUUCGUCUCGUUCUCGUUUUGACUCCUCUCCUCCCCGCAACGCUAGUCCUUCCUCCUCCACUUCCUUCCCUUCUUCGUCGCCUUUCUCCUUUGCGUCUCAUGACUCGCUUGCGGCCUCGGCGCCUUCGCCUUCGUCCUGCGCUUCGCCUCUGUGCCUCGCCGCCGCCCCGGCGGUCUUCCAGAGCGCGGCGCAGUCAGCUGCGCUGGGGGUCGGGCUGCUGCAUGCAUUGGCGGUCUUGGGCGAGCAGCUAAGGGCGCUGAAGACCGGCCAGGCGCAGCUUAGCGAGGCGAGGCGAAGAGCUGCCUUGCUGCGACACGCAGUGCAACUUGCGGGCGAGGACGUGAUCCAGAUACUCCUGUCCGGAGAGCGACUCCAGAAACUGUCUCUGCUUCACUUCCUGCGUCUCGCCGUCGCCACCAACUGUCUCUUUCUGUCUCCGUUCGGUCGGCCUGCAUGCGUCUCGUGGCGUGAGUCGUCGCGCGCAACGCUUCCCUCAGAGGAACAGGCAAACUGCGAGGAAGACAGUCCGCGUGAGGCGUCGGGUGCACGACGGGGAGUUUGCGCCGGAGAGGAACGGACACAGAGAGAAGACGAAUCCGCAUUUUCGCGCGGUCCCUCGCCAGAAGCACACGGAGGCCCGGCCGUCGGGGCGCCUCGUUUGCCAUCUCUUUUGUCGCCGUUGGUGCACAGACACCUUCUCGCUGUGGCGGUUACCGCCGGAACGCUUUUGCGGCCAAACGCAAGACAGGAGCAGUCGAGAGGGAUUUCGCCGGCGUCGACAGAAAGGUGUGAAGGCGGAAAAGAUGGGGAACUUCGCGGGGUGUGCAGGGAAAACGCCCAGGCCUCUCCGGGGCGUGGACGGGAAGGGGAGACACUCGGGGGAAAGUCGACGGGAAGGUCAGACAGCGCCGGGCGUUUCCUGGGACGGGGCAGAGACCGAAUACAAGAGGAAGGGAUUCGAGGAGAGCGAGAGACGCUCGAGCAUUUUGCGGUGGCAACAAAGGAGGGCAAAGAAAGACCCGAGAUGCCGUACGCUUGUGCGUUGCCCGCGACGGCCAUUGCGCCUCUCACGCGAUGCUUCGCUGAGGUGUACAGACACCUCAGCGACCUGCCUGUACAUCCGAGAUCCGGCGGUGUCUUCUCGGUGGGAAGGGUGGGAGAGACGUGUGCGAACGAGUCACGUUCCGCUCAUCUCUUGAGUUCUUCUCGCGGCCAUUUCGACACAAACAGACAGAGCCCCGUAGCCCUGACUGAAGCACCACACAGAAGCCCCGACGGCCCCGUGUCGUCGCUCUACGACGAAAGAGAAAUCGACAUGGUCCUGGCGCUUCGGGAAGCGUACGAGGAAAACCUUCUGCUCCUUGCAGCAGCGGCUGUCCGAGCGCACUCGCACCUCGCUAAGGGCCGUCACUGGCGAGUCAUAGGCCAGGCGCUUCUCUUCAGUGUCUGUACACCUGCAUUCCUGCCUUUCUUCGACGUGGCGCUUCCGCUUCCUCGUGGAAUUUCGGGGUUCCAAACGCGAGGCGCGACAGAAGGACAAGGCCCCGCAGCACCGCUCCACGACGUGGAAGCGGCGGUGUCGGAGCUGCAUCUCUUUCUUCGAUAUCUUUUGCGCUGUUAUGUCACGCCAAGCACCGCUUCUGCGCUGCCGCCCUCCCCCGACCGUCUUUCCGUUCCUCCGCCUUCGUCCACUUCUGCCCGAAUGCUCCCUGGCUUGCCGUCUUCCGGCGUCGCAGUUCUCCAGGCGGCUGUGGCCCGAGCGACUAGCCGCCCUGUCGCUUGGUCUGGUGGUUGCUCCGACGCUUCACCUGCGCUGCCACGUCGCCUGCACAGAGACAAGGAGAGUAACAGUUCCUUCCCGGCCGAGGCGGAGAGGAACUGCAUGCAGGAGGCUGCUACGAGCGGACGGUCAGGGGAGACAGGCCAGGCGCGCGAGGAGCGGGGCCGCAGAAAGAGGGGGGGGCGGGAAGAUUUGGAGACCGUUUUGUCUCCGGGAAAAAGAGGGCCAGAGCGAGAGACAAAACGAGAGAUGUGCGCGGUUGCGAGGAAUGAAGAGCUGGCGACGCAGAUUCUCGAACGCCUCAUGCGACGCGUUGUAGCAACAGGGUUAGAACAGCGAGAGUUAGAGGGGCAGAGGCGGAGCAACGGCGCUUUGGGCCGAGAGGAGCGGAUGCAGCCGAAACUGGAACACGAAAAAGUGGAGACGAACGCCGCGAGAGAGUACCCCCAACGCGAGGAAACACGAGGACUUCAGAGACGAGACAUGUACCUCCAAACCUUGAGGCUGCUCGGCGAAGAGAGCGACGCGAAUCUUCUCGGUGGAAGCCUCGCACGGGCGGGGCGCACGGCGCCUCCCUGCGAGGAUACUGAACGGUUCCUGGAGCUUAAAAGAAAGACAGUUCGAACCCUUCUGCAUCUUUCUCUGGAGGAGUCCCCUGUUGAUCACUGA